CUCGCAACAUCAUCGAAAAGAUGGAGGAGUCCGGCAAAAACUGCAUCAUCUUCUACGGAUCGCAAACCGGCACCGCUGAGGAUUAUGCGUCGAGACUCGCCAAGGAGGGCAAGAGCCGUUUCGGCCUCGAGACCAUGGUCGCCGAUCUGGAGGACUACGACUUCGAUAACCUCGAUGCCAUCCCCAGUGACAAGGUUGUCAUGUUCGUGCUGGCAACAUACGGCGAGGGCGAGCCGACCGACAAUGCCGUCGACUUCACCGAGUUUAUCACCGCCGAAAACCCGUCCUUCUCCCUCGACAACGACCCUCCUCUUGGCAACCUGAACUACGUCGCUUUCGGUCUCGGCAACAACACGUACGAACACUACAAUGCAAUGGUUCGCAACAUCAACAAGGCACUGCAGAGACUAGGUGCUCAUCGCAUUGGAGAAGCGGGCGAAGGCGACGACGGCGCCGGCACUAUGGAGGAGGACUUCUUGGCUUGGAAGGAGCCGAUGUGGAAGGCUCUCGCUGAAAAGAUGGGCCUGGAAGAGCGCGAGGCCGUUUACGAGCCUAUUUUCGGCAUCACUGAGAGGGAGGGCCUCACUCGCGAUUCGCUUGAAGUCUAUCUCGGAGAACCCAACAAGAUGCACCUCGACGGCACUCCCAAGGGCCCCUUCAACGCACACAACCCUUACAUUGCCCCCAUCGAGAAAUCUUAUGAGCUGUUCAACGUCAAGGAUCGCAACUGCCUCCACAUGGAAAUCGACAUUAGCGGCUCCAACCUCAGCUACCAGACUGGUGAUCAUAUUGCGGUUUGGCCCACCAACGCCGGCGAAGAGGUCGACCGCUUCUUGGAUAUCUUCGGUCUUGCCGAGAAGCGCCACAACGUCAUCAGCGUCAAGGCCCUCGAACCGACCGCCAAGGUGCCUUUCCCAACCCCGACCACGUACGACGCCAUCGCCCGCUACCACAUGGAAAUCUGCGCCCCGGUUUCUCGCCAGUUUCUCUCCACUCUCGCUGCAUUCGCUCCGGACGACGAGUCCAAGGCUGAGAUGACCAAGCUCGGUAACGACAAGGACUACUUCCACUCCAAGGUCAAUGCUCACUAUCUCAACAUCGCUCGCCUCCUGGCAAUCGUGAGCAAGGGUAAGAAGUGGACCAACGUUCCGUUUUCCGCCCUCAUUGAGGGCAUCACGAAACUGCAGCCUCGUUACUAUUCCAUCUCGUCGUCCUCCCUGGAACAACCCAAGAAGAUCUCCAUAACGGCGGUCGUCGAGUCGCAGGAGCUUCCGGGCCGUGGGGACCCGUUCAGGGGUGUUGCGACCAACUAUCUCUUGGCCCUCAAAGAGAAGCAGAACGGAGACCCGAACCCGAAUCCUUUCGGUUUGACCUACGAAAUUACCGGGCCGCGCAACAGGUACGACGGCAUUCACGUCCCGGUCCACGUUCGCCACUCCAACUUCAAGCUCCCUUCGGAUCCUACCAAGCCGAUCAUCAUGGUCGGACCCGGUACCGGUGUUGCGCCCUUCAGGGGUUUCGUCCGCGAAAGAAGAAAGAUGGUCGAGAAUGGUCAGGAUGUCGGAAAGACCAUCCUCUUCUUCGGCUGCCGGAGAUCAACCGAGGACUUUAUGUAUGAGAAGGAAUGGGAGGAGGCCAAGCAGGUUCUCGGUGACAAGUUCGAAAUUGUCACCGCUUUCUCUCGCGAGGGGCCCAAGAAAGUUUAUGUCCAGCAUCGGUUGAAGGAGCGCGCCAAGGAGGUCAACGAGCUAUUGCAGCAGAAGGCUUACUUCUACGUCUGUGGCGACGCUGCCAACAUGGCUCGCGAGGUCAACGCUGCCCUGGCGCAGAUUCUGUCCGCAGAGCGCGGCAUCCCAGAAGCCAAGGGCGAGGAGAUCGUGAAACAGAUGAGGCAAGCGAACCAGUAUCAGGAGGAUGUGUGGUCGUAGCGAAUAUCUUACUGUCAAAGUGUUGUGCUUUUGUAUAAGCAGCGAUGACGCUAGAUUCAACCUUAACGAUUCAGCAUCCGGGCGCUCUGGGAUAGAUGAAAUCGGUAGGAGAGGUAUGUCCAUGUUGCAUCGGUUAUGCCGUCAGCUGGCUUUUUAGAAUAAUGUCUUCUCUCUUCCCUGUACACGUUUCGGGGUCAACAUCAUCCUCUCUGGAGCAUGGACAUGUACCCUCCUCCGUACCAUGAAAUACUCUGUACACGAGAACAUUUUUAGUAG